AUGUCCAAGACAAGACCUGGAGCAUAUAGAAGGAUAAUAGAUGCCAUUACAUCAGCACCCAUUCAGAGUCAAUCCAGGUACUUCAUUCAUGUGGAGGCAGCAGCUGUUAAAGGUAAUCGUUUCAUGGCCAAGUACAUAACUUUGGAAAACUCAGCAGGAGAAGCCACUCAAGCUGUUGCCCUAAUGUCCCAGUCUGACAGAUCAUCAUUUUACAGAUGUACAUUUUUAGGGUUCCAUGACACACUCUGUGCACACUUUGGCAGGCAAUUCUAUAAGGAGUGUGACAUCUACGGCACUGGAAAAAGGUCACGCGAUGAGAUUAGUGGAUUUGUCAUUCAAAAUUCCACUUUGACAGCAGCCCCAGAUUUGCAGUCCAACAAAUCUCAGGUUCACGCUUUUCUUGGAAGACCAUGGUUUGCAUGGUCGACCGUGAUUGUGAUGCAAUCUUUCUUGGAAAGCAUCGUAGAUCCAGCUGAGUGGUAUGAGUGGCCAGGCCAUCGCACAGAUGAGCUAACCUACAGAGAAUACGGUAAUUGGGGUGCUGGUGCAGGUACAGGGAGACGAAUUUCAUGGGUGGGAUAUAAAGCAUCAAAUCGGUCCAAGGAAGUCAUUGCUUUCAUGGUUUAUAAGUUUAUUCAGGCGGAUUCUUGGAUUCCAGACUUACCAGCGCAAAUUGACACAGCUGACAACAAAAUUUUGGAAGCUUCAAGUUCUAAUCAGCUAAAAAAUGCCAGUCAUUUUGGGCCUCUUUUCAUUAUCUACAAUAUCAGAGAAUUUGAUGAAUGA